AUGACGAUGAAGGGCAGGACUCUCAUAUUCUUCAGCUUCUUGACCUUGGCUGCUGCAAUGUUUAAAAGAACUGCGAAGCAGCUGGUGACUGUGGAUGAGCUCGGCCAGAGAUCUGGCAUCUCUGGGACUGGGAAUCGAAGCCGUUUGAACUCGGGUGGCAACCUGAGCAACUUCGGCAAAGGCACUCGAAGAGCCGCAGAGACUCCGGGGACCCCGACACUGCUGGCUGCGCAGCCGCUGAAGUGGAUACACAUACCGAAGUGCGGGACUUCUUUGUUGAAUGCGUUGAUCCAUCUUCCCGGUGUUUGCCCGGGAGUAGACGACUCUUUCCAAGUGAACUCCGAGGUACUUGGGCAUCACUUCGAAGCGAAUUUUGACAAAGCUUGCCAGUACCUCUGCGAUGGCACGAAGUUCGUGUGCACUACAACAAUCAAUGGGCUGUACAGACCUCACCGGGGCAUCGGUAUCGAGUACGAUUUCCUCAAAGGCCACAUCGUGACCAUGUUCCGAGAUCCGAUUCAGCGUAUCUACUCUGCCUGGAAUGAUCCCGUGUUUAAGCAUGGAGCUGGGCAUAAGGACUUCCUCCACUAUGUACAUUCAGAGGCGCAUGCUCUGACAUGUCAGAUCAUGGGAGAUGGGGUCAUGGAUCCGCUGCCAAAAUUCUGCAAGAAUAUGACCGAAGCAGAUGCGGGACUGGCGCUGGUCAGGAUUCGGGAAGGCUUCGCGUUUGCCGGGAUUGUGGAGGAAUGGGACCUCUCCAUGUGCCUCUUCCACCGUAUGUUUGGAGGUAGUUGUCUCCACUCGGAGUUCAUGGACAACAGGCCGACGUUUCCUGGAGAGACAACUUACCACGAGUACGAUACGUCUGAGCUUGGAGGGUAUGAUGACCCAGUGGACCGACUCCUCUACAAUGGAGCCAAGGAGCUCUUCUUUGAGAAGCUGAGGGAAUACAAUGUGUCCCAUGAGUCGUGUCAGCCGUGCUAUGCACAGGCACAGCUGCAAACAACUUGA